AUGCGUGCGACAGUCAAUCUCACGCAACUGGAUAUUGAGAAGAUACCACAAAUCUCCUCUCUUCAAAAGGACAAGAAUCUAAGCUUCGCCCCACUAGUCGCCAGCACUCCCGACGUAAGCUUCACCGACAUAACCGUGUAUAAACCAACUAUAGUCGGGAUCCUCAACCGCAAGGUACUAUCACCUAUGAAACCAGCCCACGCUCCAGCAAGGGAAAUCAAAGGCCCAAUCAAGGUGCCCAACUUUCGACCAACCGCUGGGAUGAAGGGGAUACUUGGUAAUCCACCACCUAAGGCAAUUCCCCCGGCGUAA